AUGACGAUUGUACGGUACUAUUCUGCUGGCGCAUUGUCCACCGCGAAAACGAACGCACUGCUGGAGUCAUUGAAAGCGAUCAAUCCACGUGUUCGAUCGUUACAGACGGAGAAAUGUUUCUACGUGCAGAACAAUCGAUACAAACUGCUGCCGGCCGAUGUCGAUGCGAAGCUGCACUGGAUUCUGAAGGAAUCAGACACAGUGGAUCAGCUGUCCGCCAAUGCUGGACUGAUCGCCGAUCCAACCCAGGUGUUGAUUGAGAUUGGGCCACGGUUCAAUUUCUCUACCGCCAGCAGCACGAACAGCGUCGGUAUCUGUCACAAUUUGGGGCUUGAGUUUAUCGAGCGUAUCGAGGUAUCCACCCGGUACCUGGUGGGAUUAGACGGACCGGUUGGCAAGGAUGAGAUGGGAAUUGUUUCUUCCCUUCUGCCCUCGCUUCACGAUCCCAUGACGCAAUGCCAAUACACGGAACGAAACAUUCCCGUUAACGAUUUCUACGAGACGGUGUCACGAUCGAAGGAGGAUUGGUAUUUUGUCCCACUGCUAGAACAGGGUCGUCGGGCACUGGAAGAGAUAAAUGUGAAAAAUGGGCUCGCAUUUGACGAGUGGGAUCUGGAGUACUACACCAACUUGUUCGUGAAGGUGCUCAAGCGUAACCCGACGAAUGUGGAGCUGUUCGAUUGUGCGCAGUGCAACAGCGAACAUUCGCGACAUUGGUUUUUUAAGGGAAAAAUUACUGUCGAUGGAAAACCAAAGAAACAGUCGCUAAUUGAGAUGAUCUGUGACACGCAGCAUCAUACGAACCCGAACAACACGGUCAAGUUUAGUGACAACAGUAGCGCCAUCAAGGGAUACCAGUAUACAGCGCUCCGUGCGUCCUGUUUCGAUGGUCCCGGCAAGUUUGUACAGCGAUCGGUGCAGUCUGAUCUGAUCUUUACGGCCGAAACGCACAACAUGCCUACGGCGGUGUCACCGUUCAGUGGAGCAACCACUGGUACCGGUGGUCGGUUGCGCGAUGUCCAGAGCAUUGGUCGUGGUGGAUUACCGAUUGCCGGUACGGCGGGUUACUGUGUGGGUAUGCUAAACAUUCCCGGCCAGAAGCAACCGUACGAGAGUGAACAGGAUUAUCCGGGAUCUUUCGCACGGCCAUUGAAGGUGUUGAUAGAGGCGAGCGAUGGUGCAUCGGAUUAUGGUAACAAGUUCGGUGAACCGGUGAUCUGUGGCUUUGCCAUUUCUUAUGGUACGGUGCAGUCGGAUGGACAGCGAAAGGAGUACGUAAAACCGAUCAUGUUUAGCGGAGGUGUCGGUACGAUGGAUUCAGUGCUGGUAGACAAAAAGGAUCCCAAGAAAGGCAUGUUGCUGGCUAAGAUCGGUGGUCCAGUGUACCGCAUCGGAGUCGGUGGUGGUGCGGCCAGUUCAGUUGAGGUGCAGGGCGACAGCACAAACACGGAGUUGGACUUUAACGCCGUUCAGCGUGGCGAUGCAGAGAUGGAAAAUAAGCUGAACCGCGUAGUGCGUGCCUGCAUCGAGUUGGGCGAUCGUAAUCCGAUCCUGGCCAUCCACGACCAGGGUGCCGGUGGUAACUGUAACGUGCUGAAGGAACUUGUCGAGCCGGGUUGUGCCGGUGCAGUGAUAUUCUCCAAGGCGUUUCAACUCGGCGAUCCAACCAUCUCGACGCUGGAACUGUGGGGUGCAGAAUAUCAGGAGAAUAAUGCCGUCCUGUUGGAUGCACGUGAUCGCGAUCUGCUGCAGCGCAUCUGCGAUCGUGAAAGAUGUCCAGUUUCGUUCGUGGGUCAGGUCACCGGUACUGGGUAUGUGACGCUGCUGGAGGGAGAAUUCGAUGGCGCUGCAGACAAGUUUGCCGACCGUACGAAGUGUACACAGGAGCUUUCGCACGUACCGUUCGAUAUGCAUCUCGAUCACGUACUAGGCAAGAUGCCUCAGAAGGAAUUCCGUUUGCAACACAUGAACGAACGGUUGGAUGAGUUCCAGCUUACGGCAAAUGUGAAGCUCGCAGAAGCGUUGAAUCUUGUCCUUUCUGCUGCUACCGUUGGAAGCAAACGCUACCUGACGAACAAGGUUGAUCGUUCGGUGACAGGAUUAAUUGCUCAACAGCAGUGCGUUGGACCACUACACACACCCCUGGCCGAUUUUGGGCUGGUCGCUGUAUCACACUUUGCCCGCGAAGGCAUUGCAACGUCAAUCGGUGCCCAACCAAUCAAGGGUCUGGUCGAUCCGGCGAAGGCGGCCCGUAUGACGGUAGCGGAAGCCCUUUCCAAUCUGGUGUUCGUUGCCAUUAGCGAGCUGGCGGAUGUGAAGUGCUCGGGCAACUGGAUGUGGGCAGCAAAGGUGCCCGGCGAAGGUGCCAAGCUGGUCGAUGCAUGUGAAGCGAUGUGUGAGCUAAUGAGCCAACUGCAGAUUGCGAUCGACGGUGGUAAGGAUUCGCUAUCGAUGGCGGCGCGAGUGAAUGGUAAAACGGUCGUCAGUCCUGGUACGCUCGUCGUAUCCACAUACGCGCCUUGCCCGGAUGUGACGUUGAAAGUAACGCCCGAUCUGAAGGCGGCUUCACUAGGAACGGAUACAACGCUGCUGUACGUAGCGGUUGAAGGGUUGCGUUUCCGUCUAGGUGGGUCCGUGUUGGCACAGUGUUACGGAAAGCUUGGUGGCGAUUGCCCAGAUGUGAGCAACGCCGAGUGUUUGAAGAAUGCAUUCAACGUGACGCAGGAACUGUUGCGCAAGGGACUGUUGCUGUCCGGACACGAUUGUAGCGACGGAGGGCUAAUCACGACGUUGCUGGAGAUGGCUUUCGCCGGUUUGACUUCGGUUGAGAUAAAUCUGGAACAACUACUUACCUCGGCUGAUCCCUCCAACAUGGAAGCGUCCGCCAUCCGUGUGCUCUUUGCAGAGGAAUGUGGCUGGGUGCUGGAAGUGCAGCAGCAACACGCUACCACCGUACUGGACGCAUUCCGCAAAGCUACCGUUCCAUGCUACACUGUGGGUCGUGGCGUUGCCGUGGCCGAUCUGCAUUCGCGACAGUCCGUGACGGUUCGUAGCGGUGCGAAGGUGUUGCUGUUGCAGGACUGUCUGUUCAAUCUGUUCAACCGCUGGGAAUCGACCAGCUUCGAGAUUGAAAAGCUACAGAAGGCAAAGGCAAGUGCGGUCGAAGAGUACACCGGCAUUGAGCGUCGUACGGGACCACAUUACAACGUCAGCUUCAAUCCCGACACGGUGUAUGCCGACCUGAAGCUGAGCGCAACCGGUCCGAAGGUGGCCCUGAUUCGCGAGGAAGGAACCAACGGCGAUCGCGAAAUGGCGGCUGCCCUGUUCAGUGCCGGUUUCGAGGUGCACGAUGUGGUGAUGAACGAUCUGCUGCAGGGUCGUACCACGCUCGACCGCUACCGUGGUAUUGUUUUCCCCGGUGGAUUCAGCUACGCCGAUACGCUUGGUUCAGCGAAGGGAUGGGCCGCCUGCAUCCAGUACAACGACACGAUCGCACCCCAGUUUGAACAUUUCCGUCAGCGCAAGGAUACGUUCUCGCUCGGUGUGUGCAACGGUUGUCAGCUGAUGGGACUGAUCGGUUGGGUCGAAACGGGACUCGUUGCGGUGCCGUCCGUUGGCAACGUACCGGAAAUUGUUCUGGUCGGCAAUCGGUCGGAGAAAUUCGAAAGCCGCUGGGUUACGUUGCGAGUUCCCGCGAGCCGUUCGAUCAUGUUGCGCCGUUUGGCAGGAAGCGUGCUCGGAUGCUGGGUUGCACACGCUGAAGGACGGUUCUCGUACCGCAGCGAGGCGACCCGUGACCGGUUGCAGAUGAGCCAGUGCGUUACGCUGCAGUACGUGGACGACGCCGGUAACCCAACCGAACUGUACCCGAUGAACCCGAACGGUAGUGAGCUGGGCAUUGCGGGUGUUUGCUCACCUGACGGGCGCCAUCUAGCCAUCAUGCCCCAUCCGGAGCGAUGUGUACAGAUGUGGCAAUGGCCGUACGUGACGAUGGACUUCCCGUACAAAAAUGCGUCGCCCUGGAUGUCGAUGUUCCGGGAAGCGUACAUGUGGUGCCAGCAAUAG